GCAGAGCAGCCCCGCAUUCCCCCACGUUGCAGCGCAGUGCUCAGCCUGGGGGCCGCGCUUCGGGGUUGGGAUGCCUGCAGUUGGGCAGCUGGACGCUUUGCCCAGGGCAGCACCGACCUCCUCACUCCCUCCUCAGCAGUGGACCAGCAGCAUCAACCGGGCCAAUAAGGUGGCCCUGCUCACCUGGGUGAGAGAAACCGGCAUCGACCUGGUGCAGGUGAACGGGCAGCGGCGGUACGGCGGCCCUCCGCCAGGGUGGGUGGGCAGCCCGCCGCCCCCGGGCUCCGAGGUGUACAUCGCCAAGCUGCCGCGGGACCUGUAUGAGGACACGCUCAUCCCGCUCUUCCAGAGCGUGGGGCAGCUCUACGAGUUCCGCCUCAUGCUGACCUUCAGCGGGCUGAACCGUGGCUUCGCCUACGCCAAGUACAGCGACCAGCGCAGCGCCGGGAAGGCCAUCGCCGCCCUCAACAACUGGGAGGUGCAGGAGGGCCGCGCCAUCCUGGUGUGCCGGAGCUUCGAGAAGUGCGAGCUGAGCGUGAACGGGCUGCCCGCCACGCUGCGCCGCGGGGAGCUGGGUGCCAUGCUGCUGGAGGUCACCGAGGGGCUGCUGGGCCUAACGCUGCACAACAGCCCCGGCCGCAAGCAGGGCAAGGUCGCCGUGCUGACCUACGGCUCGCACCGGGCUGCCGCCAUGGCCAAGAAGGCCCUGGUGGAAGGGAACGUCGGCCUCUUCAAGAAGGCGAAGGUGGAGUGGCUGAAGCCUGAGCUGAAGGAGCAGCUGCGGGCGCGUGGAAAGAAGCCGCCCCGCAACGUGCAGCGCCUGGGGAGCCCCGAGCGGGUGCUGCCGUCCUCGGAGCUGCGCGGUGCGCUGGGCCGACUGCAGGCCUUGUGCCGGCGGCUGCACCUGGGGAGCCCACGCUUCCUCACCAGCACCUUCCUGUGGGUGCGGGAGGACACGUCGGGCACCGCGGGGCACGAGAAGAUCAAAGAGGCGGUAGCACAGCUGGCCCUGAUGAUGCUGGGGUACUGAGGGUGUAUGCAGGCACACGUGGUGCCCCAACUAUGAAAUGAACCCGAGCCACCCGUUGUCACGCCAUGGAGCAGAGCUGAGCCCAGUGGGGCCGCGUUCCUGUUCAGCCUUGUUUUGAGUUCGUUGGGGUUUGUUUAAGGGCCAUCUGGAGGGCAUGGGCGCUGCCCCAUUCCCACCAGCGCUGGAUCCAUUGUGAGCAGCAGGCACGUCCUGCCUGCUUCCAUGUUUUCCUGUUGAUGAAGUUGUUUUGUGUUGCUGUGGUGCUGCAGGGCUCUCAAGAGGAGCAGCAGCUGCCUGGAAGGAUGCGAGCUGGGGGUCUGGCACUGGGCCCCAGUGCCUGCAGCCCCGUUGUUGCCAUGAGACAGUCGGGACCCUGGGCUGUUCUGCAGGCGCUGCCCGCAGCCUGGAGGCCAGCGGCCACCUGCUGGCUAUUAAAGGAGCCUGGGAAGCUGUGAUGGUGUUAUGUUGU